CGUGAGCCUCCCUGGCAGGGGCGUGCUGCGGGGCCCGGUGCUUUCCGCUGCACGCCCCUUGGAGCCGGGGUCCCUGCUCGUCGCGGAGCCGCUAGCUCCCGAGCCGCGCCGCUGGUAGCGGUCGGUGAAAGCCCAGCUGGCCUGACCCUCUUCGUUUCUUUCCCCGGAGCGGCGCCGGAGAUGCUCAUCCACAUGGAUCAGAAGGAGGAACUGCGGUUGUCCCGCUCCUGCGAAGGGAAGAGUGCUCUGAGCGGCACCUCAGCUGAUGGUGGGAUUGUGAGCACAAAUGAAGACAAUGCCCAUCAAGGCAUCCCCCGGCCAGUGGAGCCCAAGGGUUUCUGCUCAGGACUCUCUGAGGAGAACAGUUCCCAGGGUCCUGCACAGGACCCUGUUCUGCCACGCAGGUCCGAAAGGAUUCAGAGUUCUCUGGGGAAGAGGCCAAGCCGAGUGGCACUGUGUGGAAAAAGCUCCAGGAGGCUGCCGGAUGUUAUCCAGCAGAGAAACCGUUCCAUGGGGAAACUGACGAUACAUGGGGAGUGCGGGAAGAGUUUCCAGAUGAACUCCAACCUCAUCCAGCAUCAGAGAAUCCACACCGGAGAAAAACCCUUCUCCUGCACCGAAUGUGGGGAGAGUUUCCAGCACCGGUCACAUCUCAUCCAGCACCAAAGGAUCCACACAGGGGAGCGGCCCUACGAGUGCUCCGAGUGCGGGAAGAGGUUCCGAGAAAGCUCGAAGCUGAUCCGGCACCAGGUAACCCACACCGGGGAGAAGCCUUACAAAUGUGGCGAGUGUGGGAAGAGUUUCUCUGACAACUCGCAGUUCAUCCAGCACCAGUGGGUGCACACGGGGAAGAAACCCUACGAGUGUAGGACCUGCGGGAAGAGCUUCAGCGUGAGCUCGAAGCUGAUCCAGCACCAGGUAACCCACACUGGGGAAAACCCCUACACGUGUGCCGAGUGCGGGAAGAGCUUCUUUAGGAACUCUCAGCUCGUCCUGCACCAGCGUGUGCACACUGGGGAGAAACCCUACGAGUGCGUGACCUGCGGGAAGAGUUUCAGCGUGAACUCAGCCCUGACACAACACCAGUGGGUCCACACCAGGGAGAAGCCCUACAAGUGUGCCGAGUGUGGGAAGAGCUUCUCCCAGAGCUCGAAGCUCAUUCAGCACCAGCGGGUGCACACGGGGGAGAAACCCUACGAGUGCAGCACCUGCGGGAAGAGCUUCAGCUUGUCCAUAGCCUUGACACGACACCAGCGGGUCCACACUGGGGAGAAACCCUACGUAUGCAGUACCUGUGGGAAGAGCUUCAGCGUGAGCUCAACUCUGACACGACACCAGCUUGUCCACACUGGGGACAAGCCCUAUGAGUGCUCAGAGUGCGGCAAGAGCUUCAGCGUGAGCUCAAAGCUGAUCCAGCACCAGGUAACCCACACUGGGGAGAAGCCUUACAAGUGUGCUGAGUGCGGGAAGAGCUUCUCUGACAACGUUCAGCUCAUCCGGCACCAGCGGGUCCACACCGGGGAGAGGCCCUACGCCUGUGCCCACUGUGGGGUCAGCUUUCGACAGAGUGGCCACCUCACCGAGCACCUGCGCAUCCACACCGGGGAGCGUCCCUACGUCUGUGCUGAGUGUGGAAAGGGCUUCAGAGCGAGCUCGGCGCUCUUCCGGCACCAGCAGACCCACAGGGGUGGGGAGCCCUAGGUGGGGGGAGUUUGGGGAGCAGUGAGGUCUGAUACCCUGGGAGCAAAGCCUGGUGUCUCCCACUCCCAUUGACCACCCUGCUUGUGGAGGGUGAAAGCAGUUUCUUCCUAGGAGAAUGAGCCCUCAGAGAUGAAGAAGGGGAGAGGUGGUGGAGGGAGCUGAUUGGAGGUUUGGGGCAGGUGCCAGGAGGAAGGUGCGUGACUCUUUUCAGUGGUGGGCAGCCCCAGGAUGAGGAGCCGUGGGCAUGAACUGAAACAGAAGAAGUUUCACCUGGAUAUGAGAAAGAACUUGUUCCUUUGCAGUGUCAGAGCACUGAAGAGGCUGCAUAGGGGGAUGUGGAGGCUCCCUCUCUGGGCACAUCCAAGCCCUGCCUGGACACGUUCAGGUGCCCCUGCCCUGGCAGGGCUGGGACCGGGUGACCCCAGGGUCGUCUAAUCUCCAGCACUAACCAGCAAUAAUGCCUGCAAUGGAGAGCAGAGAGGGGAGAAGGGGAAAUGUUGCUCUAUGGGGAAGUAGAAGAUGAUAAUGUCAGGUGAGUCCUGUCUGACAGUGUGGCACAGACAGUAUUGGGUAAGGCAGGAGACCUUCCAGGUUAAAGGGUGUGAUCUUUCUCCUCAUCUGAAAAGGGGUGGAGGACUCCAAUAGCUGAUUAACCAAAUGUAUGUGUGCAGUAAAUCUGUUUACUCAAAGUGUCCCAGCAGGGAUGGGAAGGAGCAAUCUGGCUAAAGCUGGCAGCAAGCAGUUGGGGUUUUUUAGUUUCUACUAUCACUUGCCCUUCAGAAAUGCUUUGACCAUUUGGCAUUCAUGUUUGUGUCCUGCUGGCCAAGGCGAGCCAGUUUUCCAUGGUUUGCUGGGCAGACUAAUGUGAUGGCAGCUCCUUGGUUUGAAAGAUUACCCUAGAGGUGAACUAUGCUCCAGCCAGCUGCCUGUCUUGUCUUUGCAGAAUGCCCACCACUUUAGGCAAGACUGUUGUCUUGGAGGUUAUUUUAAACAGCAAAUUCACACACAUGCUCUGAAAGUCGAGGCUUCAGACUUGGGAAGAGUGAGCAGGGUGCUUCCCAGAAUACCUAGAUAUUCUGUGCUGGUUGACUUCUCUUUGACUUUAGACAGUUUCAUGCUGCCUGGCUGCAUGGCCACUGGUGGGUCUGGAGUGUCUCUUGCAGAUAUCUGUAGCAGACUAGUCAGAAAACCUGAUCAUUUCCAAAGUGGACUGAUCUUAGGCUGUAAACUCUCUGGGACUCUUGGGGAGGUCUUGGACCCUGAAGUGUCAUCUUUUACAUAUUUAUUUUCACAGCAUCUUCUGAAUUUUGUCAUUCUGGAAGUUCUGAGUCUGCAGAGUCUUAAUGAACAAAAUGGACUCAACACUUCAAAAUAAGAAGCCGGAUUUCUAAAAGUAUUUAUAUAUUUGGAACAUGUCAGUAUUUUUAUUUUUAUACCAUAUAUCUUUGAGUUUAUUUGAUUUAUACGACAUACAAUAAACAAUGUGUAAGGUACUAAU